GGCCGCGGCCGCUCCGCCCGCAGCGCUCGCUGGUUCCGGGGCGUGCCGGGCAUGGCGGUGGCCGGGGGCGAGCCCUUCAGCCCCUCGGUGCUGGGCACCAGAGAGCACUGGGAUGCUGCGUACGAAAGAGAACUGCAAACUUUUCAAGACAUUGGAGAUACCGGGGAAAUCUGGUUUGGAGAAGAAAGCAUGGUGCGCAUAAUCAGGUGGUUGGAAAAGCACAAGGUCCCCCUUGACAGCUCUGUGCUUGACAUUGGGACUGGGAACGGUGUUUUACUGGUUGAAUUGGCAAAGUCUGGUUACCUGAAUCUCACAGGUAUUGAUUACUCACCUUCUGCAAUACAGCUUUCAGAAAAAGUAAGAGAGAAAGAAGGGAUGUCUAACAUUAAAUUAAAGGUAGAAGACUUCCUGGCACCCUCAGCUGAGCUGUCAGGCUUUGACAUUUGCAUUGACAAGGGGACUUUUGAUGCCAUAAGCCUCGACCCCAGUGACGCGGUGGGGAAGCGGAAGCUGUAUGUGGGAUCUCUGUGCAGGGUGUUGAAACCAGAGGGCUUUUUCCUCAUCACCUCUUGCAACUGGACCAAGGAGGAGCUGCUGAACGAGUUCAGAGAAGGAUUUGAAAUUCUGGAGGAGCUGCCAACACCCAAGUUUUGCUUUGGAGGAAGAAUUGGAAACAGUGUAACAGCAUUGGUUUUCCAAAGGAAGAAAGUGAGGCCAUCCAUUUUGGACAAAUUAGAUUAGAUGAGAAAAGUCUGAACUUUAAACCUGACAGAAAACCUCAGACACGUGUGUAAAUAAAUGCUUUUUGAGUGCACAGUAAAAUACUAUGUAUGGAGCUCAAAGGGACUAUAAAACAUUGCCCUAGAAACAUUUCAGCUUUGCAUGAUUCGCCCAUAAAUUUUGUCCUUGCUACAACCUCACUUGUUUUAGGGAAGCUGCAAGUUUGUAAGAGAGAAGGAAAUCAGAUGUGCGAAAUACAGAGACCAACAUAACUGAAUGAUAUUUGUGUUUGAAACAUAAAGAUUAUCUGAUAUUUAAUUUUUGUGCUGGUAAGCAGUGACCAAUAGAGGUAAAGGUAUUCUACAAAGCAAAAAUCUCAUUUCUCUGUUGUGCAGUGGAACAGGGAACAAGCUUUUGCAAUGUAAGUGCUGGAUCUUUAAUUUUUUUUCUUAGGUGAACAUGAAGGUAGCUGUUACGGAGGGAAAUGAGUGUAAAACCCACUGCACUUUCAAAAAAAAGGACCAGUUGGUACUUUAAAUUCAGGCUUUCAGAGGUUCUCAGACUUAGCAUAAUUGUGUCUCCUCUGAAGUAGCUCAGGUCUUUUCCCACAGAAGGAGUGUUUUUAAGUCCCUUGCCUGAGUGGGUUCAUGCCUGGUCAGUUCCUUUCCCUGAUCUCAUGAAUACAUAAAGGUGUGAUGUGACAUAUGCCUCCUUCAUUAUUAACCUGCUAUAUAUUAAUGUCUUUAGACUCACAAUGACCAGAAGUUUUCCAGGGAAUUUCUCAGGAUGGAUUUUAGCUGCAUAAAUCCAAAAGAAUUCAAAGCAUAACUAUCCAUUCCUUGUUCCUUUUUUUUAAAAUAUAUAUAUAUAAACUUUUGUGUGCAAUCCUUUUGCUCAAUUUUGUUGCCUUCAUUUCUUCUGUUUUGUAACCUCAGAAUAUUGCUGUUGCUUGAAAGGCAGGAAAAUGAGAUUUCUUCAUGCCUUGACAAACACAUUUGCAGGUGACAAUGAACUUGUUCUUUCAAACAUCAAGGAGGCCCUCUUAGGCAAUCAGGUUUUGUUUCACAGGCAAGGUCAUGUUUGCUUAUCGGGGAAUCGCUUCUCGUACUUUCCACGCUUCUCCUCAUUCCCAGGGCCCAGGAGAUCUUUAAGGGUCAGUAAAUACUUCCAGUCCUUUCCCAGGAUAGGAAUCAAGGCAUUAUUUGAGCAGUGGUGAGUCCUCCCUCUGUGAUCCAUCCAUUGAUGUCCUCAAGGUAGGAAUCCUACUGCUACAUCUUUUUGCAAAAUGAAAUACAUUCAACUGGGAGAAUGGUUUAUCAGGAGAGCUGAAGAAAUGUAGUCCCAGAAUAAUUCCUUGCAUAUUUGGUCAGACUUGGGUUCUAACCUGAGUGCCAAAACCAAGGGCUUGUUACCAUUUGGGUCACCGUUGUAGUCCUGUAUUCUGCCUCUGCCCAGCAGCCAGCUGGAAUGCUAAGAAAUGUAACUGGGAAUCCAAACAGGGGAUUUUUUUAGCAUAGUAGUACAAAGGACUCAAAGUACACUGCUGAUAACAGCCUCAGUAAAAAGCCUAUGACAUUUUUGGCAUCAGGUAGAGUUAAUACAAGGAAAUUUUAAUUGUCAAGGACUCUGGCAGGAUGUGUUUCAGGCAUCUGUUUUAUUCCCAUGUGUAAUUUUUGCUAAUGAAAGCAUGAUGUGUAUUUAAUCAUGGAAUGAAAAUAAAAUCAGGACUGGCAUGGA